CUCACCGUCAGAUGCCCACAUGAGUUCCAAAAAGCCUUUGCUUUCUAUAAGAGCAGAUCCCACUAGUGAUGAUGACUUUGAUAUUGAAUCAAGGGCUUUGGCUGAGGAGUACGCAGAAGCACGGAAAAAGGGCUCCAAUGUGAAAACAAGGAGGCGAGACAUGGUUGGGAAACACCAAUCAGAACAACCGGGGACCAGUUACCAAGCAAGGGGUGUGCAAAACAGGGCGGGGACAGAGUCCAUUGACUCGUCUGAUGGGGACGACGAGGUGGUUGUUAAAUGGAAGAGAAAAAGUUUACGGGAAGAGAUGGCAUAUGAAGGACAGAUCAUACUUGAAUUCAAUCCUUUGUACAGGCUGGCAGGGCUAUCUGAACCUAAAAAGGGUCAGGAGGAUGAAGCGCCGUCUCUAAAGAAUCUAAUAUCAUCCCACAAAAAGGAAGCCUUGAUGGCGAAUGCAAGUCUGAGGGCAAGUGAAACAUCUACGCCCAGUGUCACUCCUCAAAAGGGAAAAGAGGGAAGUAGCGAUAUCCAAAUCCUCUCCGAUGAGGAGGUAUUUGGAUUGCCAGCCGAGGCUGUGACACAAAAUCCAGAACCCCGAAACGCCUCUCCUUCACCGACCGACGAAAUCUUUGACUCCGAUGAGGAGGUAUUUCAACCUGUGGAAGUGAAAUCGAAGAUCUCCGCACCAUCUGAAAAGAUCCAAAGCUCCUCACCUGUUGAAACACCCAUUUCAUCCCAAUCGUCCUAUGUGUUUUGGAACUGCGACAAUAUUCCUUCACACAAACCCAACUUCCCUAUGGACGACCAGCAGUUUUUAGUCAAGCCCUUUGUUCUAGAUCAAGAGACCAAAGACAUAAAGAUUCCCCCUUCGAUCAAUCGAUUCUUAAAGGAGUAUCAGCGAGCAGGGGCAAAGUUUCUGUAUGACGCUUACAAGCAAGGGAGAGGAGCAGUGCUCGGCGAUGAUAUGGGGCUGGGUAAAACUGUUCAAGUCAUAUCUUUUUUGUCGGCUAUCAUGCGUAAAACUGGAACUUAUGUUGACCAUCAAAGACGCAAGAGAACUAUUCGAGAGAGUGUAGUGGAUGUGAGCCCGCGGCAUUGGCCCACAGCGUUGAUUAUAUGCCCCAAAUCGUUAAUCAACAAUUGGUGCAGAGAACUGGACACCUGGGGUUACUUUGAGUAUGCCGUGUGGAAGUCCGAUAACUGGCGGGACGUUCAACAGAAGUUCAUCCAUGGAUAUCUGGACCUCAUGAUAGUAUCUUAUGAUGUUGCACGUCUCGAUAUCCAACAUAUCAAAGACCUUCCGUUAUCGACUGUCAUUGCUGAUGAAGCUCAUCGGCUCAAAGAGCCCAUGUCGCAAACCACCCUUGCCCUAAAGAGUAUCCAGUGCCAGAUGUGCUUCGCCCUGACAGGAACACUUGUACAAAAUAGAAUAGACGAGAUGUGGAGUGUCCUCGAUUUUGUGCAUAGAGGAUGGGCUGGUACUUAUCGACAAUGGAAAGAGUUUGCCGUGAGCCCUAUCAAGAAAGGCCACCAAGUAGAGGGUACAGCGGCGGAGGUUGUAAGAGCUAUCAUGACAAUUGGUGUGAUGACCCAACGAAUCUUACCCCAUUUCUAUCUGCGAAGAGAUAAGAAGCUAAUUGCCCACGAGCUCCCCGAGAAGAAGGAUUUGGUGGUGUUUUGUCCUCUUGCUUCUAGGCAGAUUGUAGCAUAUCGAGCGCUCAUUGAGUCUGACGAUGUCGUUAACAUCCAAGCCCGAAACCGACCUUGCCCGUGUGGUUCAGGAAAAAGAGCAAUCUUGUGUUGUGAGGAAAAGGAACAUAAUAGUAAUAUGAAAGAGAUAUUGUUCCAAUAUCUAUCUGCCCUUCGAAAGGUUGCAAACCAUUUCGGCCUCCUGUACGACCACAAGGACGAUAAUAAGCACACGAGAAUGAUCAACAGGAAAUUAUUCAAGAUCUGUACGGGUCGCGAGCCAACUUCCAGAUCAGAUUACACCUUGGAAGAGGCCUUGGAUCCCGAAAAUUGCGGAAAGUGGGAUCUUUUGAAGAAGCUUCUGGUACAGUGGCGUAAUGAGCCUGUAAAGAACAAAGUUCUCAUUUUCUCCACCUCUGUCCGACUUCUCAAGAUCAUCUCGCGAUUCAUAUCUACAUCCCCCUCUUUAUCGGGCUUUGAAUUCGAUGCCUUGACUGGCGAAGCGUCUGGAACGGAAAGGCAAGAAAUGAUUGAUCGUUUCCAAGACUUGGAGAGAGAUCAUUUCAUCAUGCUUAUCAGCACUCGUGCGGGCGGUGUUGGCUUGAAUCUUACAGCCGCCAAUAAGGUUGUCAUUUUUGACCCCAGUUGGAAUCCCGCCGACGACCUUCAAGCGAUGGAUAGGGCCUUCCGAAUAGGACAAAAAAGGACUGUCGAGGUAUACCGACUCAUCGGUCAAGGAACCAUCGAGGAGCUCAUCUACGAGCGUCAAGUACAAAAACAGCAAAGCGCUCGGCAACUUAACAACGGCACCCUCGAGCCUCGUAUAUAUCAGGGAUACGACCGUGCUACGAAUGCGAAAGAUCAGGCAGAGCUGUUUGGAGUGCACAAUCUUUUCCACUUUGAUCCCAGCGGCUUUGCACCUGCCAACCUGGGAGUUCAUGUAGCAAACGAUAACUUUUUGGGAGAACCGACGAGUUUAGCGGAGAAUGAAGGCGAAGUUGACGAGGUAGAUGAGGAUGAAGACAUCAAGCCUGAGAUCCCAGCGGGCGGCAGCCGUACCUCAUCGCAAAGUCAAAAGCAUAGAGAGGGGAGGAGGAAAGAUAAGGGCAAGGAGAAGAAGAGUGAACAGAUGGAAGAGACGGCCGAUAUGGUGCAAAGCCUUUUGGAAGACGCUCCAACUCCCUCUCAGGGUUCAAAAGAAGUCGACAUCCUGACAGAGCUCGGAUUCGACUCUUUACUGCAUGAAAACGUCUUUGGCGAUUCCGCCGAAGAACGAGAAAUCUUUGAAAAGGGUCUCAAGAUUCUCGAAAAGAACCCCAUGCUAGCUAAAUCGAUCAAAGCAAACUCUCUAAUCAAGACCCAGCGACGAACCGCUCGAAAAUCGGCCAUGGCACUUGGACCCGGACUUGAACCCGUGACUAGUAGAAGAGAGUCCAGAGAGGUGAAAAAGGAAGGCAGGAGGAGUCGUUUGAUGGAAGAAGAAGGUCAUGAGGACGAGAGGGUAGGGGUGCGAAGGGAGAAACGCCGGAAAGGCGAAUCAAGUAAAAACCUCGUCGAAUUAAGCGACUAGCCCCCCCAAAAGGUCUAAAAAUUGGUCCUCAUAUUGCUCCAGCAAUGGUGCAUGAUUUUGUACAGUACUUAUCACCGAAAUUUUGGAAUUUGUGUUGCGUUAAUAAAAACAUGAAUCCAUUUUUUUCCCCUCCCGGUACUCCCUCAAACACAUUUACCUCACGCCCUAUUCACCGUAUGGCCCAACACUCAACGUCUUUCGAACAGACUCUCCGGGAUACUCUCACCCUGCACAUGUCUACGCACAUUCUCACUCAAAAGCACACCACUGGGAUCCACCCUCCUCAGCACUUGCUGGAAAUCCUUGAAUUUCGGGUAUAUCACCUCUAGCGUCUUGGGUCCCAAGAUAUGCUGUUUCGCCCAGUGCGGUCUUCCGCCAUAGGACUUUAAGAGGGAAGAAAACUUUUCGUGGAACUGGCGGUAAGGCACAGAAAGACCGUACGGACGGUAGGUGACUACACCGAUCCAGCAGGUAUCCCUGCCGUAUGACGGACUGAGCCAGAUGUCGUCGGCGCAAGACCAACGGAUCUCGAUAGGGAAGUGGACACGGAGACCGGCGGGAUCGGCGGCUUCGCGGUCCAACCACUUUUUCAUUUCUUGCAAGCAUGCUUUGGCCUCUUUGGCGUCGAUGGCCCAUUCCAAGGCGUACUGGGGGAACUAUUUAGGAUGUAAAAUAAA